AACUUGAUCUUGUGAUGAAAGUAAUCAUCUUGACAAUUCUGUAUGAUGCCGAAGAAAGGUACAACACGUGGCGAAUUAUGAGUCAUUGCUUUAAUCUUUGCUAAAAACUCAUCUUAUUGGCCAUGGUUGGUUUUGUGUUCCAACAUUUUCAAGCUUUCUUUACUCAUUUCUUUCAUGAAGCACUUCUAAAAGACCAACACCAUGUCCUCAAUCUACAAUUAGGUUUUCUCUCUAAAGCAAGUACAAGAAAAGUUUUAGAUUUUUUCUCUCUAGAUUCAGCUAGUUAGCUUCAAAACACCCCUUUUCUUGACUAGAACAGCAAGAUAAUGAAGUUGUAAUUCAAGAAAAAUAGUUGAUUCUUGGUUAAAGGUACUUGAAAUCUGUGUCCAAAUCUCCUUUGUCUUGAAAGAUUUGAAGCAAAUAAAGGAGUAGCUUUAACUUUAUCAAUUAGCUAGAAGUCAAGUAAGAUGAACAUUUCAAAUCUACAAGAAUCAGACCACGAAAUGAAACAAGAAGGCGCUAAUGAUGGAAUCAAGAGUCUUAAACCGAACAUGACUACAUCAUCAUGGUCUCGACUUAAGGAUCCAAGAAUUGUUCGAGUUUCAAGAGCUUUUGGUGGGAAAGAUCGACAUAGUAAAGUUUGUACGGUUCGAGGGUUAAGAGACAGGCGAGUCAGGCUUUCGGUUCCAACCGCUAUCCAGUUAUACGAUCUCCAAGACCGACUAGGACUCAACCAACCUAGUAAAGCUGUCGAUUGGUUGCUUGAUGCAGCCAAAAAUGAAAUAGAUGAACUCCCUCCUCUUCAAAUCCCACCAGGAACCUUUGGACAAAAUUUUCAAGCAAUGCAGCUAAAUGCUUCUUCACAACAAAGAUUAGAAGGUGCGAAAACGAGUGCUAAUAGUCUCAAUUGGGAAGAUUACUGGAACCCAGAUAGAUCUAAAUCGAUUGCACAAGAAACUAGCAAAAACUGUGAAGAACAUGAUCAAGAAGAUGCAAGAAACAAGAAUGAUGGUGCAUUUGUUCAAUCUUGUAAUUUCUUUGAGAGAAACCCUAAUUCUCCAAAUUUACCAGGUUUGUUAAACAGUGUUGUCCCAAACAGUUCUUUACUCAAAUGGGAUCCCUCUAAUUUGUCAUUAUCUCAAUUUGGAAGCUAUGGAUCAGUGACACCUCUUCAACAUGAUGACACUGGUCUUCUGUAUCCUCAACCACAACCACCACAAACACAGUCCUAUUUUCCUUCACACAAUCAUAACUCCAGUGAGUUUGAUCAUGCAAAACAGCUAAACUUCCAAAUGGCGAGUUCUUCUUCAAGUUCUAAUUUCACACCACCUAUAUAUACAAUUAACCAAGGGAUGCGGCCAUUUCAUUUGCGCAUGAAUCCUAAGUUUUUUUCUUCAGAAGAUGAUGAUGGUGAGCAUGGACUAAAUAAAUGAGCUAGCUAGUUGUUUCAUCGGCGAUAGGUGGAGUUUGAUGUAUGCAUUCGUGUAAUGAACGAAUAAGACAGAAUGGUAAGUUCUUGAGUUAAUUCACUGCCCGGAUAAAACCUUGAUAAAGAAGAAACAUUAUAGUAAUCUAUACGGAUUAAUUUUUUAUUUUGGAUUAAAGUGUUUGUUUCCUUCAUCUUGUUGAUUGUUUAACUCAGUUUUUCAUAUGUCAUAUUUAUAUAUAAGUUC